AUGUUGAAGGUGGGAGAUAGAGCAGUUGUUCGUGGGGUAGUUGGAACGAUCAGGUUCAUUGGGGAGACCAAAUUUGCUGCUGGGGUAUGGUGUGGAAUCGAGCUAGACGACCCUAUAGGUAAAAAUGACGGCUCUGUGCAAGGGGUGUUAUAUUUCAAACCUCAGAAGGAAGGCCUUUACGGCAUAUUCGGCAGGAUUGAGACAGUUCAAGAGGCCACAAAAGAAUUCAAAGAGCCGAAAUCGCAUGAAGAUCGACAAUCAAGUUCGGUUCCAAUUGGUAAUACCAUGGAACGCCAGAAGUUAGAGUCAAUAAUAUCCAAACUACAAGAGAAAUUGUAUAUCAUGCACAAAACGUGCGAGUCGAUGCAAAUGGAAUUGGAAAAACACCAAGAUGAGAGAAUUUUAAUGAAAGAGUACGAAAAGAAUCUAGAGGCUACAAUUCUCGAAAAAGAUACUAUUGAAGCACAUUGCGACGAGCUAGCGAACAAGUUAGAGCACUUGAAGGACGAGCAUGAAAAUGCUUUAGCGGAAUUGUUUUUGUUGAGAGAAGAAGUCAUUCUUAGAAGGGAAAUUGAAGAUGAAGAGCUGUCAAAAAUGGAUGUUAACCCCGGAGAUGUCUGGAAACGCAACAAAAUUGUCGAGAGCACUUUAUUGAGAUUACAAGCAUCUUUGGAGACAUCCAGCGAAUUAAAUAAGAAACUCGAAAAUGAAAACAUGCUGCUUCUAGAGGAAAACGAGCAGUUGACACACAGUUUUUUGACGAUGAGUUCCGAACUUGACGGCUCGAAAAUACUCAUCGAGAGCUUAAACUCACAAUUUAAAUCGGAUGUCGUAAACGAUGAAAUAAUCGAUUCCUUAACAAGUAAAAACAUAGCAUUAACGGAAGAAUUGGAAAGUUUGAGAAAAUCGUUAAAGGAAAUCAAUUCCACGCAGGCUGUCGAGGAGGACUUGAAAAAGCUUUACAAUGAUCUGGAGGAGGAACUGUCAAAUCAGCUGCAAGAGCUACAUACAACGGUUGAAAAUGAUCGAGAAACGAUCGAAGUUCUGCGGGGAGAAAAUGAACGACUUCAGGGACUAGUUGAUUCACGCUUGCACACCCACAGCAGUCCCAAAGCUUUUGUAGAUAUCGAAAAUCUGACCGAGCAACUUAAAAGGCUGAAAUAUAUCAAUCGAAAACUUUGUUUUGAAAAGGAGUUCCUUGAAAGUGGGAUCGGGAUGCAACAUGAUUUAGGCGGGCUUUCAGCUCAAGCGACAUAUUUAUCGCAAAAAAUAUUUGAUAAUUGCAUGAGAGGAACAUUGGAAUUAAAGUAUAUCAUGAAUUUCAUAUUGAGGCUACUCGCGUGUAUUCUCAAUUCUUUGAAUAGGGACAAAAGAGAACAGAUUCUUGAGGAGCCAAUAAUCAAAGGAUUUUUAGCAAAAGCAGUUCAACUUGAAAAGACCAAAGAUAAAAUGAUCAAUGAUGAGAUCCCUAAUGACUGGGAUGUGGACGAGUUGCGGAAUUUCAUUGACUCAGUUGAUUUCUUGAACAAGGAUGCUCAAUUUUUCAAGGAAUUUAUGUUUUAUGUCUUCUCAGAAUACAUUCCCAAUUUACUUGCUGAAUUAAAUAAGGAUGGAUGUGAAAUUGGAGCAUUACAAGAUGUUUAUUCUGUUGUAAAACUCAUCGAAAAGGCUAUUCAAUGUAAUUUUUCAGUUAAAGACGUUUCUGGCCACGAGCUCAUACUCGAACGAAAUUCUUCAAUGAUCGAAUACAUCUAUUGGAAAAUCGUUCACCCUCUUGCAACUAUGGAAAAAGAUAAUAUUGACUUCGAUACCAUCAAUGCAGAUGCUUCGAUAUUACUGAAGCAAAUUUCUACAGUGCGAUUUACACAACGUAUCGGCAAAAAGAUUUCAACUUCAGAUUUCUGGGAACAAGACAUUGAGGAUUAUUUGAAGAAAGAGGUGGAAAAUUAUGAACACAGUCUUCAACACUUGAAAAAAUCGAUCAGCAAGAAGGAUGCCUUAAUUGAGGAACUAUCUUUAAAAAUUAAAGUAUUAGAGGGAAAAGCACUGAGAAAUUUGGAACAAGAAGCAACGAUAAAAGGUUUAGAAGAAGAGUUAAGCAAAUUAAAGGCUCAAAAUUUUACACUUCAAUCAGAUCUCGAAAUUCUCAACGGUACUGUAUUAAAGCUAAAUGACUCUCUCAAAGAGGCAGCCGCCAGAGACUACUACGUAUUUCCGAGUAACGACACGCUCAAAAUCUCCAAGGAAGUUGAAAAAAUAAGCAAGCUCGACCUCAUCUCCGAAGUGACAGACCUCCGAAGAACCAUUAAAUGCCUUUUGACAGAACAGAGUACUUCCACUGACAUUGGAUGGAUAGAAGAGGAUCUACAACCACACCAGAGGGUGCCGAAUGUUAUAUUUCAAAAUCGCCUAAAUUCACUGUAUCAUAUGAUGUUAGAACACAUCAGUAAUGCUUCUGUCGUUCCUAUUAGAAGGCCAUCCAAGGACAAAAACCGGAUAAGGCAUGCUCGUCACUAUUGCUAUCAGCUGAAGGAAGAAAAUGCUCGAGUUGAUGCUUAUAUACGUGAGCUUGCCAUUAAUUAA